ACACGACGAACUUGAAUAUGUCCAGGCGAACAAAACAUGCUUCCCCAAUGUCGGAUCGCAGAUUAAUUGGUUAACAAUCGAUUCACACCAAAGAAAGGCAAUCUUUGCGGACGGCAGUGACAUCUAUUCGAUGACAUUGGACAGCGUUGGUACGAAACAACGAAUCACUUCCGCAACAGAAACGGUCAAUGGUCUGGCUGUAGAUUGGGGAGACCAAAACGUGUACUGGUGUCAAGGGCAAUCAAAUGCGACAGGAAAAAUAAACGUAUUUUCACAUACUACAAGGAGCGUGUUCACGCUUAUUUCUAGAGGAUUAGACACUCCGAAGGCUCUGAACAUUCUUCCAUUAUUAAGCAUCAUGACAUGGAUCAACGGGAGACAAGGUGGCUAUCAGAUUAAGACGGCUCACCUACAGGGAACCGAUGUUAAGACAAUUGUUAGCUGGAUGGCUUUGACCGACCCCAAAGACCUUACUGUAGAUGCAGAUACAUACAGAUUGUAUUUCAUCGAUGGCAGAAGUUUAAAAUCAGUGGAGCUAGAUGGAUCUGGUCUAACAACGGUCGAUAUAUCGUCGGAUACGACUACAUUGCCUUUGAAAAUACAUUCGUACAAGAAUCACCUCAUUGUGGCAGACUCAGGUAUCAAACUAGAUGUCGUGUCAUUGACAGAUUCAGGCAGUGUCACACGCAGUCUUGACACUGUUAAAGCAGUUACUGAUAUAAGUGUUGUUGACAUUACAGACCAGCCAGAACAAAACGGUCCAUGUGAUGUUAACAACGGAGGCUGUGAGCAAAUUUGUAUUCGACUUGGGCGAAACAGAAUAUGUCAAUGUAGCUAUGGAUUCAGACUGGACGACAAUACAGAAACAUGUUCAUCGGAGCCAUUGACUGAUGACUUUAUGUACGUCUCCGAUUGGACGCACGAUAAAAUAUAUCAAGUGUCUCUCAUUGAUGACGACGUGCGAGCCCUAGAUGUUUCAACUGUCACCGACCCUACAGGUGUACUGUACGACCCAGUCUCGCAAAGAGUCAUAUGGGGUGACACCAACAACCAGUUCAUCCAAUCAGCGCAUAUCAACGGAACAGGUUACGCAGUAUUAGUCGACGUCGGAGAGUUCUGCGCCCAACUAGACCGACUGACUAUUGACUACAGCACAGGUAAUAUUUACUACACUGCCGUACGAAGGUGCGAUGGUACUAGAUUAUUCACUGGAAUAGGAGUUGUGUCUUCUGAUGGUUUACAUAGAAAAUUGAUUGCCAGCACACGGCCAAGGGCGAUCGCUAUCGACCCUAUAAAAGGAGUACUGUUUUGGACGGACCUCGGCAACUCUUACCUCGGAAUUCAACCAACAUUGAAACGGGCCAACACAGAUGGUACAAAUAUUGUGACCCUGUAUACGUCGAUGAUUUGGCCUAACGGAGUCGCAAUCGACACAAAUGAAAGUUCAUUGUACGUGACUGAUGGCAAUUCAAAUAUAAUCUAUCGCUGUGGAUAUGAGGCCAACACGUGCGUUCAGUACCACGCGGACCCAGGGGCCCACCUGAUGGACAUUAAAUAUGGCGGCAACUAUCUCUAUUAUACUGCCUGGAAUAAAGUGUACAUAACAAAACUUCACAAAACUAUCAAGAACGACACCGCACGAGUAGCCAAUAAUGCUGAACUUGGAAGACUAGAUUCUAUAUCGCUGUUCAGGUCUGGUCUUCAAACAACUAACGUUCAGACGCUGUGUAGCAGAAACAAUGGACGGGGAGAAUGCAGCACAUUCUGUCACCCGACCCCGAACAGCUUCACAUGCGGUUGUCCUGAUGGCGAGCUGUUGCUUCAGGAUGGCAAAUCAUGCCCUAGCGCUGUAAACACAGAAACAACUAUCGCAUCGUCAACUGCAUUAAGCACAUCAGCGUUGUCAACGUCUGCAACCCCAAAAACUUCUUCAUUUACAACUAUUUUACCGAUAACAUCAGCAACAACAAAGACGACAUUAACAAGCACACCCGCAACAAGCUCUGCGAUUACAACGACCCGCAAUACAGACACAUUAACAGCAGAGCCGACAACUGGCAAACAUUCUUCUAUCCAGAACUCAGAUGCACAAACAACAACGGCAACAAUAAUACAAACAGCAUCGACGACUUCAGCCACAUCAGAUAUGACAACAACGGUGAGUAACCCUAAUUCAGAUGCACACAUAACAUCAGUAACGGCAGGACCAACAACAUUAAAGACGUCCGCAUCAUCAUAUGUGCAAACCUCGACACACAAGGCAGAGGCAUCAACAACAAAUGCUACAGCAUCGAUCACAUCUUCAAUAAUCUCUAUAAUAACCUCGACCUUCAUUACCAUGCGAUCAACAACGUCGGCAACAACAAAGAUAUCAUCGUCAAGCACUUUAGCGCCUGACACAAUAAACCCAUCAACGACAGAAAGUAUAAACUCGCUGAGCACUCCCAUAACAACUUCAUCUACAAUUCUCAUGGCUAAAACAACUCCUGGAAUAGAGGAAAUUAAAGACAACGAUGUCAAAGGGUCUUCUUCUGCUCCAAUUAUGUACAUUGGGGUUGGAGUUGGAGUUACCCUAGCGGUUGUCAUUGUAGUAGUCGCCGCUGUCAUCGUGUACAAAAGAUUUGGAAGACAGCAGACAAGACCUGGUUUUGAAGCGAAUCUCUCGUAUGACUUCUUCAAUGAGAGUUUUGAGUCUGGGGCAACAGAAAACAACAGACCCUACCAAAGGCUGUGUUCGCAUAAUGGUUCCAAUGUAGAAGAGGUUGAAAACCUGAGUAAUGAGCAUACGUACAAUACACUGUUUGCCGUAUCCGAAGAAACCGACUAUGACACGAUUGCAACGAUUGACGAACUCAAAAUCCAUCAAAGCACAGCUCCAACCACGCCUUUCCCUCCUCAUCCUUAGUAGUGCAAUCUCGGAAUAUAUAAGAUACAAUUUUAGUUGAAAAGCGCACUAGCAAUUUCGUUUAAUAUGUGGGUCUCGGGUAACAGGAAAUAUCGCCGUUGAAUGUUGAAGGGUUACCUUUGUUUUCGGACACCAUACCAGUCAGAGGUGUAAUACAAAUUAUAUGUUUGACCCCGUGGAGAGUAAGAUAAGGCUUUAAAAUACAUGAACACGUGAAUAAAACCCUGUCAUAUUCGAAGACCACAGUGUUAUUUAGUACACAUGUAAUCACACUAUUAUUUAUAUAUUUUAGAUAUAUAGUAUUCACUUUUGAUAAGAAAUAUAUUGCGGUAUACCAUAAAGCCAUUCUCGGUUCGAAACCUUAAACACUUCUCAAUUAAUGUAGUUCUCAGCAGUGCAAUCAAUAUUAUACUUACGUUUUAUUCGAUUGAUAUUGACAUUAAUAAUUAACAUGUAAUUGUAUUUGUAUUUUGAAUAUAUAAUGUAUAAUAUCACUGACGUAUUAACCUUGCGAUGCAAAGAAGUAAAACAAAAACAAUAAAUGAUAAAUACAUGA